AUGCCUCCCCUUGCUCGCUCACAUGUCGCGGUCCAUCCACCUUGCCAGUUGGUAAUUGCGGUUUCAGCGCCACAACCCACACAUUGUUCCGCUUUUUCUCCCCAACGUUUUUGCUUUGGGGGUGGCGGUAGUUCUUUGCGUUUCAACGCAUUUCGGGGGGUUGCAGCAAAACAAAAAAAAAAAAGAAUCGCGACGUCUACAUCAUAUUCUGCCGUCACGGCUCUGUGGGAGGCAUCCCUCUCUCGAAACUCAACUGGUGGUUUCUCCGCAUUCCACAAAAUCAACGCGACUGAUGCGCAGCUGCUCUAUUUUAACAGCGCCGCGCCGCUCCUCCUUUGCCGCUUCGUUUCCACCAUCCUGUAG